UGCUGAAAGCUGGAAAAAAGUUUGAAGACUGCAUCAUCCUGCCUCCAGUACAAGCAGUUUCUCUGUUCGGUGAUCAAUGUCACUCACAGGAACUUAAGUAACUAACGAAAUGAGCCUGGGGCGUGGAAAAUAUGACUUUUAUAUUGGUCUCGGAUUGGCUAUGACCUCCAGCAUUUUCAUUGGAGGGAGUUUCAUUUUGAAAAAAAAAGGCCUUCUGCGACUUGCCAGAAAAGGCUCCAUGAGAGCAGGUCAAGGAGGCCAUGCAUAUCUUAAGGAAUGGUUAUGGUGGGCUGGACUGCUGUCAAUGGGAGCUGGUGAAGUGGCCAAUUUUGCUGCAUAUGCAUUUGCUCCGGCCACACUGGUGACUCCACUAGGUGCACUCAGCGUCCUUGUAAGUGCCAUUCUGUCUUCAUACUUCCUAAAUGAAAGACUUAAUCUUCAUGGGAAAAUUGGGUGUUUACUAAGUAUUCUAGGAUCUACAGUUAUGGUCAUUCAUGCUCCAAAGGAAGAGGAGAUUGAGACCUUAAAUGAAAUGUCACAUAAGUUAGGUGACCCAGGUUUUGUGGUCUUUGCAACAUUUGUGGUCAUUGUGGCCUUGAUAUUCAUCUUUGUGGUGGGACCUCGACAUGGACAGACAAACAUUCUUGUGUACAUAACAAUCUGCUCUGUGAUUGGAGCAUUUUCAGUCUCCUGCGUGAAGGGUUUGGGUAUCACUAUAAAAGAGUUGUUGGCUGGAAAGCCUGUUCUGCAGCACCCCCUCGCCUGGAUUCUGCUGCUUAGCCUUGUGGUCUGUGUGAGCACACAAAUUAAUUACCUAAACCGGGCUCUGGACAUUUUCAACACUUCCAUUGUGACUCCAAUAUAUUAUGUGUUCUUUACAACUUCAGUUUUGACGUGUUCAGCUAUUCUUUUUAAAGAAUGGCAAGAUAUGCCUGUUGAUGAUGUCAUUGGGACUUUGAGUGGCUUCUUCACAAUCAUUGUGGGGAUAUUUUUGUUGCAUGCCUUUAAAGAUGUCAGUUUUAGUCUAGCAAGUCUGCCUGUAACUUUUCGAAAAGAUGAAAAGGCAGUGAAUGGCAAUCUUUCUAAUAUGUAUGAAGUUCUUAAUAAUAAUGAAGAAGACUUACCAUGUGGGAUUGAACACACUGGUGAAAAUAUCUCCCGUAGAAAUGGAAAUCUGACAUCUUUUUAAGGAUAUGUUUGAAAAGUUAACCUAUAAUUCUGUUAUAAAAGUGAUUUUUGAGUGUCAGAAUGUUAUCUGAAAAAAAUUGUCCUCAAAUAAUGUCCUCUAAAGACAAUCUUUUUUUUUAAGUUUUCACUAAUUUGGAUCAAGAAAUUACUUUUCUUAUAUUUAAACAAUGGUAGCUCACUAAAAUGACCUCAGUACAUGGCUAAUUUCUAAUAACAUUGUAUUAUUGUAAAGGUAUUUUACAUUUUUAUUCAUACUCCAGAAAUCUAAAUGCACUAAUGAUAAAUUUUAAGCCUAUAAAAAUGUUUUAUUUUUUCCAUCGGUGAUGAACAUUAAAAUGUACAUUUGUGAUCCCCAUUUCAUCAAUACCUCAUCACACCAAGGCUUCUUGAUUAUAAAGAUAUGUGUGUGAUUCCAAGAAAAUAAGUCUCAGGUGGUGAUUUGUCACCCAAACACCUGGUUUCUCACACACAUCUGCUGGCCUCCUUUUGGAAAAACCCACUGUGCUAUCAGUCAGUACUUGCUGCUUCCAUAGUGACUGGAUCUGUGUCAUCUUAUGUGAGCUCUUGGACCUUUUAGUGUGUGUGUUCAGAAUGGAUUACAUUGUCAUUCAGCCCUUAACAACUCUGGGAUGUCAACAGAGACUUGUGGUUUCUUAAAUUUAGAAACUCAUGCUUGCAUAAAAUGACAAGUUGGAACAAAGUUCUUUCUGAAUAUUCUGAUUCCAAAUGCUUAGAUUUAAAAUAUUUGUAGAAUACAUCUCUUUGAACCAAGUGGUUUAUUUUGCUUCAGAGUUUGAACCUUUUUUUUUUUUUUUUUUAGAAACUGUGAAAAAAAUGUUUAUAGAAAAAUGCAAAUAGGUACAAAAAGGUUAGGCCAAUGUAAGGAACACUCUCCAGCUUCAGACCUGCCCACUUCAAAGUCAUGUAUUAGCCUAAAAAAAUUCACCCUCCUCCAUGCUACCCCCAUUAACAGGAAGAACUGAGGUUUGGGCCUGUGCCUGUUUCCUGUUUCCUCCCCAUAGUUGUAUAGUGACUUAGAUUUUGUGAAGAAUUUUUUUUGGAGUGGGGGUUAGCUUUGUUCUACUAUUGGCACUCGUAAGGAUACAUACCUUGUGGGCCAUACUGGGUGUAGUCACAGUCCACAAAUGUUGUAAAACUGAGCUACAUUUCCAGAAUUCCUAUGUAACUUAAAUACCAGAGAGAACAGGUUUCCCCUGCACCCUCACCGAUAUACUUUGUCUGUUUUAUGUACUGUAUCUAUGUCUUAUUUUGCACAUAAAAAAUAGCCAAUGUUCAUUCCUUUGGGGGUGAAAAGUUUCCUCAUUGAGAAUGUGCGUGUUGUAUAUACAACACUUUAUAUAUAUGUAAUCUUGUACACAAGCAUUUUAAUUGGCCUAUCACUUGGUAAUAUGGUUGUUAACUUUUAAAAUCUAUACUUCAUAGGGUCAGUACAGAUGCCGUUACAGCUAUUCAUAUCAACAAAAAAUAUUUUAGGUAACUUUUUGAUAAAUAGGCUUGUUUAAAAUGUAACUCAGGUUUACAGUACAACCGAAUAGUACCUGUGUUUUAUUUUCUGUGUAAAAUAAAGCUCAAAGCUUUUGGAUUUUGGUGUUUCCCAGCCCAAUGAUGUUUCUCUAUUUAUGUUUGUUUUUAAGACAGGGAUCUUACUAUGUUCCUUAAGCUGUCCUUGAACUCCCAGCCUCCAGUGAUCUUUAUUCCUCAGCUUCCCAAGUAGCUGGGACUUGAGUGGCAUAUCACAGUACCAGAUUCUCAAUUUCUCUCCUCUUUCUCUACUUUUAGAGCAAAGUUGGGUUCUUGUUUUUCACUGGGCAAGCCCCAUAGUGAGAUAAUUACCCUAGCAAUGGAGAAGGUAUGUAUGCUGAGAGCUGUUAGGGUCAGGUUCCCUCUUCCCUGCCUCCCUGUCCCUUUUUUGCAGUGUCCACUGUCCCAUGUCAUGCUGUCCUCCCUCCCCCAACUGUUGGCCUUAAAGAGUAGAUGCACAUACCAUAGAAGUUCUCAUGUUCCUUUCAUGGACAAUGCAAUUGUUGUAUUACAUCUCAUGUUUCAUUUCAUCCCUACCCAGACCUUAAUGUUAAGUUCUACUUGUGUUUGAAAGAUGCCAUGAUCUGAACACAUCCUGUGAAAUGUGGGUAUGUACAGGGACAGACUAUCUUGCUCAUGCCAAUGAACAAACACAAAUAGAUUCCAUUGAUUUUUAUUUCUCUAAUUGUUAAGUCAUAUCUCACGAAUCAGACUCACUGUUUGAUUUACUUGAACAGGGGAAACAAUUUCACUAUCUUGGCAUAAAAGGGAACAAUGACUUAGAAAAGAUUUCCUAAAAGGCCAUCAGAAAAAUCCCUAAACAAAGCUACUCAUUAAAUUUAAAGUAAUUGGCAGGGUUUUUUUUUUUUUUAAAUACAAUUAGUUGGUAUUAUGCUCUUAUAGGAUAAUGAGUGAAUUUCGCAUUUUAUAACUAGCUACUGGAAUAUUUAGCAUGAAAAUAUUUGUUAAGACCAUAAUGGCAACAACUAGUAACCAUAUUCUCAGACUUCCCAAUUCCAAAAGCAUAUACAAUUUUAGUAUAGAAAAAUAUGUAAGUUUUAUAAAGUUAAGCUUUCAGAUCAAAAAGUAUCCCCUUAAUUAGGUUUAGACAUAAUGGAAAAUAGCCCCUAAAAAUUUCAGUAUAGUUUACAUAAAGACAAACAUGCCAUCAGUUACUGGGAUGCGAUGAGCUUAGCCCUCAGCUGCUGGCUAGGGACUGGUGGAUGGGUGGCUGGAAGCAGCGUACGUGUUCCACAGGUGUGCUCUCCCCAUCUCCAGAUUUCAAGUACUUGUCCAGGAUAGUGAUGAUCUCAUCAUUGAGAAUCUGGAACUUGCGAAUCCUCUCCACCAUCUUCUUUAAUGGCUAAAAUUAGAUCAGACUGUUAGAUUUAUUGUACUUUAAAAUUCAACAACUCUACUUCAGAAAAAUUAUAGAAAAUUAAAUUGACCCCUACCAUGUUUCUAACACCAUAGUUGGAGUAAUGAAUACAUUUACAAUUUAAAUUCACCUUGUAAUUUUGGUAUUGCUAAGUAUAGACCUAUAAAACUUGAAAACACAUUCAUUCGAUUAUCAGUUAUCUAUUGGCCAGGAGAGGUGGCCUAUGUCAAUAUUAUACUACUCAAGAUGAAACAGGUUUACUUUGAGUUCAAGGACAGCCUGGACACAUGGUAAGUUCCAGGUCACGCUGGAUGACCCUUUCUUCCAAAACCCAAAAGCAAACAAAGAAAAAGAACCUAUGAGCCAAAAUCUGGAAUAAUAAUAUAUAUUAUAUAAUAAAGUGUUCAGUAU